CGUUGUAAUAAUCUCGGAGGCAGGGUCACGUGAUUGCACGCUGUGGAGCGUUCGCGUGCUGACGGCGGUGUUGGUUCUUUAUUCUAUGGUUCCUAGCGGUACUACGCGCGGCAAAAUUGCGGCACGCGAAGGCUGUGUCAGCGCGUGGUUAGUCCACGUGAAUGAAACGCCAGUGGUGUUUUGUUGCUUUUGUGCCCGGAGUCGCAAGUGACGGACAUAUGAUGCUGGUGCGAUCGUUCACGCAGCGUUGAGGCCGAUUCUCCGCGUCCAUUCUGAAGGCGUCUGCCGUAUCCACUCUGCCUUGCGCAGCCAUGCCCACAGCAUACAGGGCUGGCAUGGCCAUCGGGUCUCAUCUCCCAAGUGCAGAGGCCGAACUGGAUGAAUUUGUCUGCAGCAUCCCGUGCGUGUGCCCGUCCGAGUUGAUGGGCCUCGUGGCCCGACUGAGGAGGUCAUUGGAACUGCUUGGUGUGGAUAUCACUCGUCCCUGCUCUCUGCAGAGUGACAACCUGAACUGCUGGAUUGUCGGCUUCCUGUCGCCUAUAAAUAAGCAACUUGAUGAUGUUAACCUUGAACUUGUGGAGGAUGCACCACAGCGCCUUACACUUCGCUCACUCGAUGUUGAAAGAGAAGAGAGAGCAGCGGCAAAGCCAGACGAGGGCAUGCUCAGCAGCACAGUUUUGUCACUGUACUUGCUCAAGACACACCGCUGUGUGUGGCAGCUUUGUCUUGACGAAUCGGCACUUGUUUUCCACUUUCCAGACGUUGUGGCUGCAGCCACUGCAGCAGCUCCUGGACUGACGCACAUCAAGUUGAGCCCACCGCUUGCACUGCAGUCCAGUAAUGUCUGCACUAUAAGUGCGCUAAGGAAAAGGAGCAAAAUAGACUGUUUGGACCUUUCAAACCUCUUACUUGAUGAUCGCAUGUCAAAAGAAGUUGCAGCAUUACUGCAGUGCACUUCUAUCAGCUGCCUAACCCUCUGUCAGUUCGUGCUCUCGAGGCCGGCUAAGAGAGUGCUCAAUGCUUUGAACAGCUGUGGGUCCUUGACGGCACUUUCUAUCGAAGGCCAAAAAGACUUCUGUGGGAAAUUAGCAGAGCACCUGGGAAAAGCCUUGAAGAAAAACAGGACUUUGAGAAGUCUUUCAGUGUCAAAUGUCCAAACUGCGGCAGCAAUGGCAAUCCUAAAGGCGAUAGGACAAGACUCUGCUCUUGAAAACUUGUCGUUGGCCUGUUGUGCUGUCUUGGAUGGCCCAAUUUCUCAGCCAGCGCUGCUGAAUGCAUUUACUCGGUUGAAAUCUCUCCGGUUGUCUCUUGGUGGCAUCUGGAACUGUAAUGCUUUUUGUUUCGCUGCAAAUGCGCUCGAAGCGGGCUUGUGCACCCUCAGCCAUCUCCACCUUAAUGACACUAAAAUUGUUGGCGCAAGUGCUCUGCGUCUGGCCCAGGUACUCGCCAAGACCAGAACUCGGAAACGUGCGCACCUGGAGCAGUGCUGCCUCACAGCAGAAGUACUGAAGCAUUUUGCGAUCGCCUUAGAGCAGAACUUGACUGUGGAGCAGGUCUGGCUAGGUGGAUUGCCCUUAAGUGAGCAAGAUAUUUCGUUUCACCUGACAGGCAGGCUCAUUGGACGGUUAGUCGCACCUUGGAACUCGCACGGCCUCUGCCAACUCUCUCGUGUGCUGCGCAGUGGUGAACUUGCUCUCACAAGACUUGAACUUGGCUGGACAAGCCAAGCGCAGGUAACUGCGGUGUCAGAUGUCUUUCGAGCCUUGUGUGAGUAUGAUCGCAUAGAGGAACUCAGUGUCUACAGUGGUAAACCAUCAGACUGCAUGCCCGACCUUGUCCAUCUUCUGGAGACGACUCGGUCACUCAGGAAGUUGAGUGUUCUCCUGAAGUUCUGUGAAUCUGAAACAUCGAUCUUCAUGUGUGCCCUUGCAGGGAACCGUACCCUCACUGAAGUGGCACUCGGCCAUUGCACACUGCUCACAAAUGAAAAUGCGAGUACUCUGAGCACCCUAGUGCAAACCAACCAUCAGCUGGCUUCGCUCAGUUGUUGCGACCAAUUUCUCAGAGGCAAGGCUUUUCGGAACCUGGCAUAUUCUUUGGUAAAGAAUUAUGUCCUUGUCAACCUGAAAUUUGACCGCAUAGGACCUUACGAGAGGGACUACAGGCUUGUUCGUGAAAUCCUUAACAGGAACCAGUGUCUCCGGAACCGCGCCAUUCAGCUUUUGAAAAAUGAAGCGUUUGAUGAAGACUCCUUAAAGGCCUUCCGCCUCCUUUGUGACAGCUAUUCACUUGCUGAAACGUAUGCUAAAGUUGCUAAGGUUUCUUUGCAAGCCGCUGUAGAGGCAAUCCAGGUUGCACUGGACUGCUAUGGUCGGGGUGAAGAAAAAUGAGAACUUUCUCGCUCACUUUAUUUUAAAGAGUGUUUUGUAUUGAUAUAAGUUAUUGAUUGUUAUCCAAGCUGCUGCAUUACGAGACUGUAGGACGUGUUUCAAAGCUGUAUUUUCCUGCUACCCGAUUUCUCAUUACUCAAAAAACAAAGCUGAUUAUUAUAAUAACACAUUGCUUCUGGCGUGUUCGGUUGAAGUGGAGGUUGUGACUGAUGAUACGGCUAGUAGUAAUGAUUCAGAAGAAAGGUUGUAGAAGCAGCUGAGCAUUUCUAUUUUUAUUAAGGUGGAGUCAUCUUGAAUAAAGAGGAAAAAUGAAAGCCACACA